CAUAAGAUUCUAAACACAUCCAUAGUAAUAAGCCUCCCGAUCAAAAUGUUUGCAGCCUCCUUAAGUAAUUGUUUCUCUACACCCAAACGUUUGGUGAUCGAAUGGGUUCAAUACUACAUCUACCUUACAAAGCCUGCUUGCUUCCUCUUCGGCUUGGUUUUUGCCCAUGGGCUAGUGAAAAACGCAGUUGCUGAUGUCCUAAUGUUGUACCUCAUCGAGGACUGGGAGAGCAGUAAUCUCCCAAAAGCUGCUGCAAUAAUUAAUAUUGAAGAAGGGGUUACUGCUAUUAUCGCCCUUGUCAUUGCUCACUUUACCGAUGCCUGCAUAGGUCGCUUCAAAAUGGUUCUAUUCACCACUGCUUCUUAUAUCAUUGGGUUGAUGCUACUAUGGUUUUCAACUUGGCUGUUUCCUUUACACGUAAAGGUUCGUGUAUUUUACCCGGCAUUGGUACUCGUAGCUUUGGGGAAGGCAGGAAAAGAUCCUCCUUUCAAAGCAUUUCUGGCAGAUCAGCUGCCCAGUGACAAUGAGGAACAAGUUUUUGACCGUACUAAUUUUUGGUGGCGUGUUUUAAAUUUUCUAGGGGCUGCAGUAUCUGUAUUUUUAUUAAAUCGACUAUCUUGGAAAGCUACCUUCAUGAUUUCAACAAUAGUGAUGGUUACUGCUUAUUUCUGGUUUUUAUCUGGCUUUCUUGUUCACUUGUACGACUGCAAAGAACCAACUACAAGCCCCCUCGCUACUCUUUGUAAAGUUUUUAAGGCAGCUAUUUGUAAUCGGAACCUAAAUUAUCCUCCCACGCCUACUGGUUACUUCAUGAAUGAAAGACAUGAAGUACAAUUUUCUCCUCGCCAUCGAAUUCUGAGGUGGAUGGACAAAGCAGCAAUUAAAAGAUCUUCCUCUUCCGACCAAGAACAAAAACCUACUGAAGAAUUACCCUCAACAAAUGAAUCAGAAUCUGAAAGUGAACUCUGUUCUGUAGCAGAAGUGAAGGAUGCAAAGCGCCUUUUAACACUGAUUCCUUUGUGGACAACCUUCCUCAUGUACAGUCUGGUACAGGCAGCAGGGAACACUUUCUUCAUUGAACAAAGCGAUGGCAUGGAUUUUAAAGUUGGCAGCUAUAAUGUCCCUAUCAAUUUGUUCUUUGUACUUAAGUCAUUAACGGGAGCCAUAAGUUCAUAUCUGGUCGAUUUACUAAUCCCAAAGCAAUGGACGACACAAACUCAACAACGUGCACAGAUUCUGAAAAUCAAUGCUGGGAUGGUUUUCUCGAUUUUGUGUUGCAUUGUUGCUUGGCAGGUUGAGGUUCACAGAUUGAAGUUAAUCAAGAAAUGUGGUUGUUGGGACAGCGACAAUGAAAACAGAAAAAUUCCCAUGAGUGUCUUGUGGUUAGUUCCACAAUUCUUCCUGUUAGGAUUUAUCAAAGGAUUAGCUGAAGAUGGGCUCAGAGAGUUUUUUUACAACCAAGUAGAUAAAUCAAUGAAGCUUUUUGAAACACCAUUCAAUGGCUUGGUGAUUGGUAUUGGAAAGUUCCUCAUCGUAUUCUUUAUUCCGUUUCGCAGAAGUUGGUUCGGGGAUGCUAUAAACUAUAGUCGGUUGGACAAGUAUUUUCGGUUGCUAGCAAUCCUCAGUUUCUGUAACCUGUGCUUCUGUGUUUUUGUUUCAUGCAGAUAUGCACGCCUAGAAGGUGAACAACAGCCUAAAAUCAUUCAGUUUCAACCGCAGGAACCACCAAUACAAGAAGACGCACAAGAUCAGGAGCGCCUGCAAAAGGGUUGAUGCUUAUAUGGUUUUUCCUUCAAAAGUAAAGGUUGGUGUAUUUUAUCUGGUUCUGGUAGCUUUGGGCAAGGCAGGAAAAGAUCCUCCUUUCAAAGAAUUACUUGCAGAUCAGCUGCCUGGUGAAGAUGAGAAACAAGUUUUUUAUCGUACUAAAUUUUGGUGGCGUGUUGUAAGUUUCUAGGGGCUGCAAUAUCUGUGUUUUUCAUGACUCCACUAAGUUGGAAAGAUAGAUUCAGGAUUUCAACAAUAGUGAUGGGAGUUGCUUAUUUGUGGUUUUUAUCUGGCAUUUUUGUUCACUUGUACAACUGCAAAGGACCAACUACAAGCCCCCUCACUACUCUUCAUAAAGUUUGAAGGCAGUUAUUUGUAAUCGGAGCCUAAAUUAUCCUUCCACGCCUACUAGUUAUUUCAUGAAUGGACAUGAAAUACCAUUUUUUCCUCGCCA